GCGGGUCGGGUAUUUAAAACGGGUAUUUAACUGUGUUUUAAGGAAGCUGUGACCCUGUUAUCAGAGGCCCAGAAAUAGCGAAGCACGCCCAGGAGGGUCAAAUUGCCGCAACCGGAGUAGUCUCCGAUCUUCAAAUCGUCGCCGGCUGCUUCUACGGGGUGGAGAAAUAGAAAAGGUUAUAUAAGCUGGAGAGUUGGCUGGAAAUGAGUGCUGAAGCUUUGCAAGUUGCUAAGGUAUACCGCCACCUUCUCAAAGCUGUCAAGAACCACGUUGCCAAAGAAGACACUAAGCGGCAUUUCAGAGAUUAUGUAACUGAAGAAUUUAGGAACAACGGCAAACUGUCGGAUCUAUCUUCCAUCCAGCAGAAGAUUAAGCUCGCCCGUGAUUACACUUAUCUUCUCAACAGUGUGCACCAUCAGAAGGACCUAUUGUUCUCUUACAACAUAGCCAUAGACCGAUCAGCUGAAAUGAAAAGAGUACUUGGAAAGUCGGCUGCAAGUGUUGGUCUUCAACUUCCAGAGGUUUACCAGCCUUGAUAUUUGGCUAGGUAUGCUCUGUCCAUUCUAUUUUGGCAGAAAAAUAUGCCUCCACCCAACUAUGUACGCUGGGGAACGAAGUUCUAUUCAUGAACAAGUGUUGUUUGCUGCCAACAACUGCAAGGAACAAUCUUUUUGAGUGCUUAUCUAUUCUGAUAAAAAUAAGCUCUUUCUCAGCAAUUGAAUUGAUAGUCUGUACUGCUUUUCUAAAAAAUGAUAAAGGUCCUUCAAUUUAAAAUC